AUGCCAACUUUGCUCGCGUACUGGCCCAUUGCGGCCGGCAUCGUCACCCUCUACAUCCUCCAGCAGCUAUGGAUCGAGUAUUCGCACCGCCAGCGGGCGCGCGCUCUCGGGUGCAAGGCCCCCUACCUCCGCCAGGGAAAGCUUCCGCUCAGCGUCGACCAUUUAUACAGGGCGCUCACGGCGCUCAAGGAGGAUGAGUUCCUCAACCUCGAGGUCCGCACCCACGCGGAGAUCCCCGGCGGCCUGUCCACCUUUCACCAAGCGAGCCUGGGCAGGAAGAUUCUCAUGACGACGGAUCCGGAAAACAUCAAAGCCAUGCUCGCGACGCAGUUCAAGGACUUUGGUCUGGGCCCGAUUCGGUACAACGUCUUGGAACCGCUUCUCGGCCGCGGCAUCUUUACGUCUGAUGGCAAGGACUGGCAACAUUCUAGAGCAAUCUUGCGUCCUCAAUUCUCACGUACCCAAAUUUCCAACCUCCACGUGGAAGAGAUUCACGUCCAGCACCUUUUGAACCGCUUAGAGCAAGACGCCGGCGGCUGGACCAAGGAGGUCAAUCUUGCUCCCCUCUUUUUCAACCUGACACUAGACUCGGCCACCGAGUUCUUGUUUGGCAAGAGCGUCAACACGCAGGUUCUGCUCGGCCCCAACGCCAAGGCCAGAGUCGGCGGCGGCGGCGGCGGCGGCGGCAGCGAAAAGGCCGGCGACGAGGCCAUGGAGGACUGGUCGUCCUUUGGCCAGGCCUUUGACAGCGCCAACCGCAGCAUGACGCGGCGCUUCCUCCUCAUGAGCUUCUACUACCUGCACAACCCGUCGUCGAUGCACCGCGACUGCGCCGAGGUGCGUCGCUUCGCCGACUACUACGUGCAGCGGGCGUUGGCGCGCUCGCCGGCGCGCGCGGCCGAGGAAGACGGCACCGAGUACGUCUUCCUCAACGAGCUGGCCAAGGAGACGCGCGACCCGGACGUGCUGCGCAACCAGCUGCUCAACAUCCUGCUCGCGGGCCGCGACACGACGGCCGGCCUGCUCGGCUGGGCCACGCUGCGCCUGGCGCGCCAGCCCGCCGCCUACGCCAAGCUGCGCGCGGCCGUCGUCGCCGACUUUGGCCCGUACUCGGCCACCGACACGUCGCGCAUCACCUUUGAGACGCUCAAGGCUUGUACUCACCUGCAGCACGUCCUGUCCGAGACGCUGCGUCUGCACCCUUCGGUGCCGGCCAACUUUCGGCGCGCGCUUCGCGACACGACGCUGCCCCGCGGCGGCGGGCCCGACGGCCAGUCGCCCAUCUACGUCCGCGCCGGCUCCGAGAUUGCCUACAGCACAAACGUCAUGCACCGCCGGCCCGACCUGUGGGGGCCCGACGCCGCCGAGUUUCGUCCGGAGCGCUGGGAGGGGAAAAAAGUCGGCUGGGAGUAUCUGCCGUUCAACGGCGGGCCGCGCAUCUGCCUCGGCCAGCAGUUUGCCCUGACCGAGGCCGCGUACGUGCUGGUUCGUCUGGUGCAAAAGUACGACUUGAUGGAGAAUCUGGAUCCGAGCCCGGUCAUCAAGUCGAAUUUGACUUUGACGUCAUCGCCCGUGCAGACGCUGGUGAGACUGCACGAAGCUGCGGCUUGA